AUGACUAAGUGUAGUUCUCAAUUUGUCUCAUCAACUAGAGAAGAAAUUAAGAAAGUUCAGCAAGCCUCAUGUAACAAGAAUACUGACAAAUACUCUCAAGAAAUUAUCGAACUAGAUAAUAAUACAUUAUCAGAUCAAUUAAAACAAUUUUUAGUUGAAGUUCAUAGGUCGAAUGUUGUAAACAUAUUUGACAAGCACCAGUUUAGAAGCUUACAUUGCACAUUGGAUGGUUAUAUGAAAUCAAUUAUUGAAAAAGAAAACAAGAAUUGUAAACAAUCAGAUCCAUUGGAAACUGAAGAGAUUAAAUUUUUACUUGACUCACCUGUUAUAACAAUUAAUACUCCUAAAGGUUUUUUGCGAAGAGUUUGGAUUUGGCUAUCAUUAUUGUGCUGUUUGAGAGGCGGUGAUGCUAAGCGAUUAAAAGCAUCUUGGAUUAAAGAAUUAGACAAUGGAGGAAUGCAACUCGAGUUACCUAAAGAAAAAAAUCAUGCUAGAAAUGCAUAUAUACCAGUUACUGAUAUUAAAAGAUAUUUAUUAAGAUGUUCAAAUAAUGUUGAAGAUGAUUAUUUUUUUGUCUCAAUUAAUGUUCUAAAAAAAGUUUACCAUGGUGAAUGGUAUCUGUUAACAAAACUAGGAAAGUGCUCUUAUGAUGCAAUGAUGCAUUCAAUAUGUGAGAAGGCUAAAUUGGAUUUUAAGAGUCAUAAUAUUACUAAUCAUUCAAUGAGAUCAAUGGGAGUAUCGGCUUAUCAACUUCAAUCUAUAAAACGUAAAAUAGAUAAUGUUUCUUAUUUAAUUCCUACUGAAGAAACAGGAUUUUCUAAAAUGUCUGAUUUACUCUCAACUAUGUUAAAUAAGAAAACCAAAACAUCUGAAGAUAGAGAAUUAGAUGACCAAAAACCAACUGCUGGUCCAAAGUGCAAGAAUUUAAAAAAAGUACUCUAUCAAACUAAAACUCCUAGCCUUAAACAUAAGAAUUAA